CAUACUUGAGUAUUUAUAUAUUCGUAGUGGCUACCAUAGUAAUCUUAAAACCAGCUACAAAAUAGAAUUGAAGUACAAUCAAACUACGCUUCCACUCACUACACCGACAAUCAUGGCAACCUCAAACAACCCCAUCACCGUCACCCUCAACUCCAUCUCCAAGAUGAUCGACCACUCCCUCCUCCACCCAACCAUGACCGACGCCGACAUCCUCGCGGGUCUCUCCAUCGCAAGGGACUACAACGUCGCCACAGCCUGCAUAAAACCCUACCUAAUCCCCGUCGCAAAAUCCGCCCUGAAAGGAACCUCAGUCCUCGUAUGUCCCGUGAUCGGCUUCCCCCACGGCAACAGCACGACAGAAGUCAAAGUCUUCGAAGCGACCCGUGCCGUCGAGGAAGGCGGCGACGAGAUCGACAUGGUCAUCAACAUCGGUAGGGCCCUAGGGGAGGAUUGGGAAUACGUCGGUGACGAGAUACGACAAAUUAAUGAGGCGGUUGUUAGCCGUGGCGCGAUUCUGAAGGUCAUUUUUGAGAACGAUUUUCUGGAAGAGAGACACAUUGUAAAGCUAUGUGAGAUCUGUUCGGAGAUUGGAGUUGCGUUUGUCAAGACGUCUACGGGAUACGGGUUUGUUAAGCAGGAUAAUGGAAUGUAUACGUAUGCGGGAGCGACAGUGCGCCAUUUGAAGUUGAUGAGGGAACAUUGGAAACCUGGUGUGCAGGUCAAAGCGGCAGGUGGAGUGCGAACACUUGAUGAUUUGUUGCAUGUUAUGUCACUGGGAGUGACGAGGAUAGGGGCCACGGCUACUAUGGCAAUCAUGGAGGAAGCUAAGAGGAGAGGUAUCACGGAUAGGCCUACGACAGUCGAGUUCAAGCCGAUGAGUGAAGUAGGAACUGGUGGGUACUAGAUCAUUGCGGAGUUACAAAAGCA